CAAAAAAUUAUCGAGCAUAGUAAUCAUAAAUUAGUGUAUAAAAGUGAUAAUAAUUAAGGCAUAAUUGCCCAAAAAGAUAAAUUUUCUGCAGUGAAAAAAAGGCAGCAAAUUAAUUAGUGUUUCUUAUAUUUUUGGAUAAACAAUACAACAUUGCAGCAAUUGAUGUUGAAGGAUAUAAAACUUUUAUACUUUAUAUUCCCACGAGAAACAAACUUUUCAUUUUUCAACAAUUUCUUUUGGAUUAUCAAAAAAAGAAAAGAAAACAAAAAAGGAUAGAUAGAGCAGCAAAUGUGAACAUAAACGGUGCAGAAAUGAAAGAGAUGGCUACACAAAAUUAUCAUUUAAAGUGAGGCGCGUUGAGUGGAGGAGGAAAAUCAUCAUGACGGAUAAAAGAAUUUCAUCUCAAGAAACACUUCAGAUUUACACGGAAUGGGCAAACUACUAUCUGGAACGUCACAAAUCAAAACGUAAAGUCGUAGACUUAUCAGCUGAUGCACGUGAUGGAUUGCUUCUUGCUGAAAUCAUUGAGGCCGUUACGAGCUUCAAAGUGCCCGACUUAAUAAAAAAGCCAAAAAAUCAACAGCAAAUGUUUGAUAAUGUGGAAGCAUGUCUAAUAAUUUUACGUCAGAACUGCGUGCCUGGAGUGGAAAUUAUUACAACAAACGAUAUCAUCAGUGGACGGUUGAAAGCAAUUUUAUCAUUGUUCUUUAGUUUAAGUCGUUUUAAGCAAGCGUCCAAGUUGAAAGCGCCUGUGAGGCCCUUACAUUCACACGACAUGAUGCUCACCAAGGAAAGACAACUGCCAGUUUAUACAAAAACUGCAAAUGGAGCAACAGCAAUUCCCUUACCGGCAACUGUUCUUGUAACAAGAAGAUGUCCACCGGAUAAAAUACGACCCUUACCACCCACACCAAAUCAUCAAUCAUCAAUUCCAUCGAAUAAAAUAGCAUCAGGAAGUCCAUCGAAUGAGAGCAGUCGGCCGAAUAGUCCUCCUGAUAAUAAUACACCGACAAAAAAUGGAUUAAGAGGCUCUAGUAAAAUACCAAAUCCCCCAUAUACAUCACCUCAAAAUGGAAGCAACGGAUCACUUCUUACAAAUGCAAAUUUACAACAACAAGAGCAACAACAAGCUCAACAAACGCCAACAAAGCAUUCAAUGUUGGGAAAAUUAAAAAUUUUCGGAAAAGACAAGUCAACAGAAAGUCCAAAAACACAAUUAUCUAAACGCACAAGUUCUAGUAGUGGAUUCUCAUCAGCUCGUAGUGAACGAAGUGACUCAAGCUUAAGCCUUAAUAAUGAAUCAACAAAUAUCCCAACAUCACAAUCAUCAUCAAGUAAUAAAAGCACAUCAACCAAAAAAUCAGAUACUGGCAAAGUGUCAAAUAAAGCUAAGGUUCCUGCACCGACAACGACAAUCAAUAAUAAUAAUAUAACAACAGCAGGUAAGUCGUCGAAAGGCGACAAGAAAGAUAAGAGUCAAUUGAAUAAUCAGGCAAAAGAGAGCAACGGUACAAAUGCUGGUGCAAAUACAGACAUAUCGCCUACGAAAGUGCACAAAAUUCCACAAGCCAAAUUGCAAGUGCCAGUGGGCCGCAAAUCCGAAUCAAAAACUGGUUUAUCGUCACAACAGCAACAAGCAAAGGCAUCGACACAAUCGACAUCAGUUAGUACCAGUAUUCCGAAGCCGAUGGCUGCAAUAAAAGGUACAUCGAAAACAUUACAGCAGCAGCAAAUGGAAUGUAAUGAUAAGAACCAAAAUAAUGAACAUUUUGAUGUGAUAAAAGUUGAAAAAGUGAGCAUAUCAGUGCAAAAUAAUAAUGAAAUAGUGCAAAAGACACAAAUUGUCAAUCCACUUGGCAUUAGCCCAUUACAUAAUCAUCAAUUACUAAAUCAAACAAAUAAUAAUAAUAUCAAUGGCAAUAACAAUAAUAUUAAUGGCAUGCAAUCAGCUACACUUUUAAUGAGUGAUAGCUUACGCUUGACAUCAACAAACAAUCAAUACAAUUCGUCCGAUUCGAGUGUCAUUUAUCGUACAGCGUCUGCAGCAAUAUCGACGGGAGGACAAGCAAGCGAAACAAACAUACAUGCAGACAUUUAUCAAAUGCAAUCACACACAAAUCCAAUUUCAAAUCGUAAAUUGGAGAAUUUCAAUGAUCCGUUGCUUAUCAAUGGCAAUAAAUUCGGCAUGAUACCAGCAAAGGUAAAUGGCGUUGCACAGACAAUAUUUGAAGACGAUAAAGAGACAACAUCCACUAUGGUUCCCAUGAGAUCCCUUAUGCGUGGUUUUAACAAUCACAUGUCGUCUCCGUCACGAAUGAAUCGAACUAUGAACGGCUAUUAUGAUGAGAAUGGACAAGGAUAUUGUAGUGAUGGCGAUGCAUUUAGAAAAUCAUCAAUAAGAUAUUCAGACAUUGAAAAUGGAUAUUUAUCAGAGGGACCACACUUUUUAAGCAUUCUCAGGAAUCGACCUCAAAUGCCAUCCACAAUUGCUGAAGAACGAUGUCAAAGUAGUCGUGAAGGUAACUUAGAUAGCGCAGAUAUGGAAUCAAAUAGUAGUAAAAAUUCCCGUGACUAUUGGAGCAAUCAACAGGCUGCAAGUCCGACUUCAAGUCGUAAAGAUAAAACAUCAUCGCCAAGUCACUCAAGACGAAGUACACCGUCUGCAAAAAGUUCUAGUCGUACAAAAGGAGUUCCUCAAAACUUUGGAUAUAUUAAACGUACUAAUGGAAGCUCAACUGCAUCUGAAAUCCAAACAAAUGCAAUGCUUACGGGGGGUCGAACUGCUCACGUCUCGGCAGUGCCACGAUCAAACAAAUUGAAAGUAUCUGGAGGUACGCAAACAUCCACUGCCGACUUCCAACAGAAAUUACAAAAUCCGCAAUAUCGAAGCUUUUCACUAACAGGCCCCGGUGCAGCUCAAUUAUCACAAUCAGUAAAAGAGAGAUUUGGAUCACACAGUUUGCCAAAGGGUGGACUUGAUAUGCAUGUCUUCCAGCAAAGAAUGGCCAACAGAGGCUCAGCCAAAUUAAAUGAUGGUAGCUUAUCAGAUACACAAACGUAUGCCGAAGUGAAACCUGAGUAUAAUACAUACGCCAUGUGGUUAAAACAUAACAGUGGCACAACAGCCAACCGAUUAUCAGAAGGUGACUCACUUGAAGCCGUUUCUAUUGUAUCAUCACCCGGAUUAUCUAGAAACUCAAAGCUUUUACAACAGUCAAGGGAUUCCACGCCUCAAUCAUCAGCACAGCAAACUGGUCAAAAUUCAAAGCUUAAUCGUAGUAAUAGCAUCAGCUAUCUACAAGAACGGACAUAUCCAAGAUCAACCAAGUCGGAGAAAAUGUAUCCAUCAAUGUUGAGUCGUGGACCAGAUAUUGAAUCGGAGCCAUAUUACUGCUUACCAGUAAAUGCACAAGGUAUGGUCCCAUGGAGCCAACCAACGAGUCCUCAACCGACACCAUCACGUGGAUUUACUGGGCUCCUUUCACCCACGCACAACGCCAGUCACAGACUCACGUAUCCAAAGAAAAAUGAUGAAGUACAUGGAAGUCAAAUAUCUCUCAUGUCAGGUGGCUCAUCAAUGUACGGCUCGACAACAGAGGAACAGAGACAAGCGAAUGAAGUGCGACGACUUAAACGUGAGCUUACCGAAGCAAGGGAACAAGUCAUGAGCCUCUCAAGUCAAUUGUCAACGAAUGCUCAUGUCGUAAAUGCCUUUGAGCAAAGUUUACAAAAUAUGACCAAUCGACUUCAACAACUAACUGCAACGACUGAGAAGAAGGAAUCUGAAAUAACAGAGAUGCGUCAGACCAUUGAAUUGCUUCGAAAGCAAUCCAUUCAAGCAGGAUUAACACAGGCACACAUGCAGAGUAUGGGAGUUCAAGUAAAUGUUAAUGGAUCAUCAGCCAAAAUUAUUAAUGGUAGUCCUACCAAAAUAAAUGGACAACAAGAGCAACAUCUGCAUCAUCAGCAUCAUCAACAUCAUCAACUACAGCCACAACAACAACAGCAGAAUGGAAAUAUGCAGCGACAACAUAGUACAGACUCGAUGUGCUCUGUCAACUCAAAUGGAUCAAAUGGUUCGUCAUCUCAGGAAAAGAAGAAAAAGAAAGGAUGGCUUCGAAGUUCCUUCACAAAAGCUUUCUCACGUAAUGCCAAAAUUACUAAGACAAAUCGCCAAACAAAUCAUUCCGAUUCGAAAUCAUCACUACCUCCCACACCACAAAAGAAUUCAUCGACAACAAUACAUGACUCGCAUGGAGCCACUGGAAAGUUAUCGCCCACAAAAAGUCCACAUCGGUAUAUUCCGGUCGUGGAAAAUGCCAAACCCGUAGAUUCAAUAGAAAAUGAUAAUCAUCCAGUAAUCGAAGAUUUAAAGAAGCAGCUUAGAGAGAAAGAUAUGGUAUUAACUGACAUUAGACUAGAAGCACUAACACAAGCAUCACAAAUGGAGAAUCUUAAAGAUACAGUCCAAAAAAUGCGUCAGGAAAUGAUGAAUUUGAAACAGAAUAAUGAACGUCUACAGAGGAUGGUCUCAACACGUUCAUUAGCUGGUUCUGAAGCUUCACUUCACGGAUGUCCUGCAAGUCCAAGUGGUUCAUUAGGAGAUUCAAGGAGGUAUAGUCUUGCGACAGAUAAUGGAAUGUCUCGACCGCCAUUAGAACUUCCUCAAAAUCUCGAUGAGAAUGAAGAGGAACCGCCUGCACCAGCUCCUGAUCCCCCACCUGCACCUUUAUCACCGACAAUAAUUACAGAUUUAUCACCAACAAUAGAAAGGAUCUCAAUCUCUAAUGAAAUAUUAUCUACACCUGCUGAAGAUGUCGCUGAUCCAGUAGAUGGAAAGAGAAUCGGAAUUGCUGUUUUUCUAGGUCAACCAGAAGCAUUUGUAAAAUAUUCUGACGACAUGAAUGAACAAGAUCAAAGUUAUGAUUUUAAAACACGAGAAAAUGGAUUUGAUUUGUUACAUUCACAAGAGACCAUAAUCGCAUGCACAUACAUCUCCGGAAAGACUACAUGGCAAAAUCUUGAUUAUAUCGUCAGAAAAACAUUCAAAGAUUAUUUGUCACGUAUCGAUCCGAGUACAAAUUUGGGUCUUAAUACAGAUUCAAUUACGUCGUAUCAUCUUGGAGAAGCAAAACGUGGACCAGAAAUGGGAUUUCCUGAAUUAUUACCAUGUGGAUAUAUAAUUGGACAUGUGAAAACCCUUUACAUUUGCUUACAAGGUGUUGGAAGCUUAGCAUUUGAUAGUUUGAUACCAAGAUCGAUUGUUCAUCGAUAUAUUAAUCUUCUUACUGAGCAUAGACGAUUAAUUUUAUGUGGACCAAAGGGAACUGGAAAGAGUUAUUUAGCAAGAAAAUUGGCUGAAUUUUUAGUCGCAAAGUCAAAUCGAAGUCCAGCAGAAUCAAUUGCCACAUUUAAUGUCGAUAACAAAUCAUCCAAUCUCCAACAAUAUUUGGGCACAAUUGCUGAACAAGCCACAAUAAAUGGUGCAGCUGAGGAGCUUCCAUUAGUGAUAAUUCUAGAUAAUUUGCACCACGCGUCAGCAUUAGGUGAUGUUUUUUCCUGUCUUUUAAGUGCCGGACCAGCUGCAAAGCUUCCAUGUAUUAUUGGAACAAUGUCUCAAGCCACGUGCAAUACAACAAACUUACAGCUGCACCAUAAUUUCAGAUGGGUAUUAACUGCAAAUCAUAUGGAACCAGUAAAAGGAUUUCUUGGUCGUUACCUCCGUCGUAGAUUGUUCCAUCACGAUUUGUUGACUGGAUCGCAACAAACUCAAAUGGAAAAAGUCUUCAAAUGGCUCCCGGGUGUUUGGCUUCAUGUAAACACAUUUUUGGAGAAUCAUAGUUCUAGUGAUGUAACGAUUGGACCACAACUCUUCCUUCAAUGUCCUCUCAGUGAGGAGGACUCACAGAAAUGGUUUGUUGAUUUAUGGAAUCAUCAACUUGCACCAUAUCUAGUCGAUGCCAUAAAAGAAGGUGUACAGCUUUACGGUCGAAGGGGAAAUUCAUGGACAGAUCCAUGCCUUUAUGUAAGAGAAACGUAUCCCUGGAAAAUAACACCCACAACAGUUCCAACAUUAAGGCAAAUUACAGCCGAUGAUGUUGGGUUAGAGGCAGGUGUUACAGGCAACAUGGACUCAGAUCCAUUGCUUAAUAUGUUGCACAUGCUUCAACAAGCAGCUGCAAGCGAAAAUGUUGAUCAUGAUAAUUCCGAUUGUGCAAGUCUAGAUUCAAAUUUUACUCAUGAGUCGGCCGGUACUGAACAAUAAAUGAGAAAUUAAUUAAGUUUUACUUCUAUUCAUUGUGAAAAAGAAGCAGAAACUCGUGAUGAAUAAGAAAACAUAAAUAAAACGCAUACAAUUUAUGUAGUUGAUGAUUAAAGGCAGAAAGGAAAUUUUUACAAGAGGCAACAACAACAAAAAUGAAAAUGAAAACACAAUUUUCGAACUGAUAAAUUUAAUUAACAUAAUAAACAGUUUUUAUUUCACUUUUUUCAUAAUGGCUUAACAUUUACAAUGAUGCAUAAGUAUUUAUUAUAUAUUUUUUUCGGUAAAAAGAAGAAAAUAAAAACGCAACAUUUGCAUAACUUUUUUGGAGCUGAGCAUGUGCUCAAAAUAAUAUUUAUGAUAUUUACAUGCAUUUUUGGAUAAAAUAAACUUUUUUAUAAUCAAAAGAAAAAAAGAUGAAGUUAAAAACUAAUGUCAUUAUGUAUCUCUUUCUGCUUCUUUUCUGGUCAUGUUAUUAAUGUUUAAUUCCUUAGUUGCGCUACAUAUACUUUAACUUAUCUAUUUAAUACAUAUAUUAAUAUAACUCUACACACAUAUGGUGCAUAAUAAAUAUAUUUAAGUAUGAUAUUAUUAUACGAAAAAUAAAAAAGCUUCUUACAAUUUUAAUUAGCUGACUAAUUUCCAUUCUUGUUUGUUGAAUAGUUUUUCAUUUCAUAAUUCGAUUAAUGUUGUAAAUAUUUUAAAGAAAAAAUAAAAAAAAAUUUAAUUUGUUAUCAAACAUUCAAUAUGAAAUUAAUUAAAGAUCUUCUUUCUUUUUGAAUUCAAUCUUAUUUCAGAUCAUGUAUUUUGUAAUUUAAUUUUUCCAGGAUUAAUUAAAUUAAUUUUCAUAAUUUGUAUUUCGGAUCCAUACCUAUGAUUCUUAAAAUCAAACGUGGUUAAUGCAGUGUUUCUCAAACUUUUAUGGUCCUAUGCACAUUUUACUACAUAAAAUAUGUCACGGCACACCUGAAAUGUUUUCAUGGCACACCAGAGUACCGCGGCACAGAGUUUAAGUUCUAACGCCAUUCUGAUUUUUCUAAUUGAAUAUUAAAACAUUAAAUCUCAUAAAGUGUUUCAGAAACUGGAUUUUAAGCAUUAAAUAAUAAGUAAACGGCAACUGAUUAAUCUUAUACAGAAUCAAAGGGAUCUUAAGGAUUUGUUGUUUAAUCUUUCACAUCUCUAGAACUUAUUCUGAGAUUUAGAAUAAUAGAUUUCUGUAUUAAGAGGAUCCAAUAGACGAGUUAAAAAACUACAUGCUGUGUUAUGCUUGAAGUAAAAGAACUACCAAAAUUUUUUACACUUUUUAAAUCUAAUCCAAAGUUUAAAUUUAAUGUUAAUAGAAAUCAACCCUUUAAGAGGAACUCUUCCGUCACUGUUUUUGAAGUUUUAAGAAUGAUGAACCUCAAUUUAAAUGGAAAAUUUUCAUUAAUCCAAAAAAAAUUGUAGUGAAAAUUUUGUAAUGAGUUAAAAUUUGAACUAAUCGCGUAACCAGGGAGUGAAUUAGGUUACAAAUUGUACUUCCUUUGCUCAAAAAUUUCCCAAUUUGCUAGAGUUUUUGGGACAAAAAUUCAUAAAAAUUCUGACACGAUAAAAUUUAAAAAUGCCAUUAAACAAAAUUUCUGAUCACGCUCUGUUUUGAGUUAACUCACUGAAUCGAACCUUUUCGCUAAUUAAAAUCAAGUAUUUUUCAUUCAAUUAUCCCCACUGGCUACAUCACUGUACCACAUAAAAUUUAUUCAAUUGAUAAUAUUUAUGAAUAUUUCAGCGAUUAAAGUUCAAAAUAGAAAAGUAUUUCUUAUCUUAUGAUGUCUUUUUAAUUAAGCAUUAACAAAAUGCCACAUACUGACCUUAGUAUUAAAAUGUUAUUCUACAUGAUAGAUACUUUUAAAUGUUAUGCAGGAAUUGCAUCAAUUUCACUCUUUGCGAAGACUUUUGUAAUUUUUUUGUAAUCAAUUUCUUUAAUUUUUCGAAUCAAAUAUCGACUUUCAGGAUAGACGAUUAAAACUGCGAUAGGAGCAACGGCACUUCUAAAGUAUCCAAUUACGUAGAAAAAUAAUUGCAAGACUAUCAAAUCUAGACUAUGAGUCUUUUUGUCAAACAUGUACUGAGCUCUAAUGGCAUAGAAUGGAAUCCAAAAAAGAAGGAACAAUAUGGACUGUACAUAGAUCAAUUUCCUUAAUCGUCCAUCAAUAUCUUCAGUAUCAACAGAAUUAUUAUUGAUUUCUAUCGUUAAAUUAUUGUAAACUGCUUCUGGUCGUCUCAAAUUAAUAGCAUCAGAUGCUUUCUUAAUCGACUCUAUUAUAAAUAUUCCAAACAUCUGCAUAAGGACUAUUAUCAUAAGCGUUAAAUUACAGUACACAGUAGUUGAUAAAAUAUCAUCUUCAACUGCACAAAUUGAUCCAUAAGUCCCAAAGACUUUAUGAUAAAUCAAAUGCACUCCACCAAUGAGAAACCACAUCAUAAAAAUUAUCACAAAUGAAGUCUCGGGUGAUAAGAGCUUCUCAAUCCGUACUUUUUUAAUUGAUGAAAAUAUCAUAUAAAAUAAUAAUGUAACCAGAGUCAUUAAUACCAUUGUAGGUGCUGCGGUCAUUAACGUUGUCAUAAAAUAGCAAUGCGUAUCAUUGAUUUGCUGACCUUCAAAAUACUGACAAAAAAAAUUUGUUGAUAAGAGUGAGAGUUAUAAAGGAAUUGGACAUAACUUACAUCUUCGAUCACAAAACUAGAUUUCAAGAACGCUCCAAUCAGGAAGUCAAGAAUACAAAUAUUAAUGAUAAAGGAAUCAAACGCACUUCUCGUCUUUUUGUUACUUAACAGGCUUACAAUCACGAAUAAAUUUCCUAAAAAAAAGUUAUUACUCGUAAGUAAAUCUCGUAAGUAGUAAAGAAUAUUUUAAACUAGAUCACCAAUAACUGAUAAUAGAACCAGAACUAUAAGGUAAGAAAACAGCGACAUGCUGAACGUCUGAAUGAAACGAAAGUCUUAUAAAAACUAUUCAACAAAUAAACAAAAAGAGAGAGAAAAACAUGUUUAUCAACACCAAAAUAUACAAAUCCGAUCACAUUGAAUAUGCUCAUUUCCUCAAUCUUAUCAAUUUCUGCGUCGUACAAAGAAAUUUUAGUCGAGAGAAUUCGCGAAUUCUUUAUUGUGAGCAAUUAAAAGAGAGAAAAUUUCAUUUCUUUAUGUCAAUUAAAAUUUCAUUGGAAAUUAAUUAAUAAUCAGUUUCGUUGUAAGUUUGUAAAAUUUCUAAAACGGCACGUGC